AUGCAGCCCCUUAGCGUGCCUUCUUUGACAAACCUCAGUCAUCCUGGUGACUACCCCGACCCGGAGGUGUAUACAAUGCACUGCCCAGAGGCAGCUCUCCCAACCAUAACUCUCAUGGGAACUGUGAUCCGAUCUGGUGGUCAGCUCAAUGAAGGCCAAACGCUAUUGCAUUAUGACCUCCGCACCACUGUCUAUGACAGCUCUGUUAAGACGCAGGCGGCCUUCAAGGUCCGGAUCUACUUUAAAGACGGGAAACAAUGGGAUAACUUCCCCUCCAUCAUGCCACAGAGCAGAAACAUUGUCACUGGCCACGUAUGCGGCCUGACCGUCGAAGAGCCCCCCCGCCUGGCUGUCCAGGUGGACGAUAUCUACUUUGUCCCGGGUGGUCCACCAUCAAUGCCGGCCACCCCACAGACACCUCCACCUGAAGCCGGUACCAAACGGCCAGUAUGCGACCGAUGGGGCAGACGUGCCGGUGUUGAUAACAGUGUUAGUGUGGAGCAAUUUAUACCCUCCAAAAGACCUUACCGCUUGCAGGACGACCAGGAUGAUAUAGACCGCCAGCUGCUGACUGGAACCAGUGCUACAUCCCCACCAAGUGAAUCAGUGCUACCAAGCGACGAUGAAAGGACUUCACGGAUCAUGGUCUCGAGAGGUCCAGCCCACUGCUCCAGGACCAACCUGCUGACCUACGCCCCCGUCGCAGACCAAAACAGCCGGUGCAUUAUACUGCAGAAUACGUAG